GGACCCGUAAAAAAAAUUUGCUAGAUCCUUGACCUAGAGUUCAGCUAUCCACGUCCUCCCCAAUUGUAUUGGUUUGGGCCAAUAAUCUGAACUCUCGGGCCUUGCUUAGUUCAAUUACCAAACCAGGUCCAUCAAUUGUUCAGCCCAAUAUAUUUCCGAACCCGAACCACAACCCGCUCCCCGACCGGCGGUCACUAUAUUCGAAGUCCCACCUAGCAAACUACCAGACUGCAAAAACAAAAGCGGCAAAAAUGGCAUCCAAAUCCACCGCAGCAGCCACCGCCAGAGAUGCCCGGAGGAGAAAAAUUGUCGAGCGAGGCGCCGACCGAUUAGCUCUCAUCGCCGGUCGGAUCCCCUCUCUUCCGUCCGAAUCUUCCCCCACUGACUCAUCUCACCAGUCGGAUUCCAAGCAUCUACUUUCCGAUGGAGCCACCGUCGGCGAACCAGUGUCUCAGCCGCCGAAUACUCUUCCGAACCAAAUCGAACAACCGCAGCUCCAGAAAACAACUGAUUCGGUUAGCUGUAAGGACGAAGCCUCCGGUAGGGCAGUACCGGAACAAGAUCUCACCGCCGUUGAUUCCGCCAGAGGUCAAGCGGGGAGCAUUUUAGACCGUCCUGUUUCGGAUGAAAUUAGCGACCGAUUGGAUCAGAAUCCGACCGCCAUGGGAGCCGCUUCUGGCACAGAGCAACUCCCGUCAGAGAGGAGUUUCGAUGAGUCCAAGUCAGAUAAGUUCUGGCAUCACAGCGUCAGAAAGAACCAGAGUUGUCUGUUCAGUGGCUAUCGCCAUUCUAGUCGUCUCAUCGUCUCUAGGAUUGCCUCUCCUAGGGAACGACAUAGUGAAGGGAAUUCUGAGCUUCAGGCCCCUUUACCUGCUGCUGGUAACCAAUGUUACAAUCGUGCUUGCCGCAAUCCUUUCCAACAACAACCAGAGAGGUUCAGCAAUGGUCGAUGAUGGGGCAGCCGGACUCGAAUUGCCAUCCAGUGGAAGCUACGAUUGGGCUGCACAGGCAAGUAAGGCGUUAGAGAUAAGUUUCGUGGUGAAGAAAGCAGUCGAAGCCUUGCUGAUGGAUGUCAGCGUUUAUGCAAUCAUUGUUGUUUGUGCUUUCUGCCUUCUCCGGUGAACGCACAACCACAACGAAUCGCCUCUUGUUGUUGUUCUUGAUAUAUAUCGAAUGAAGUAAAGCACAUUUUCAUCUAUUUUUCGAUUGUAAUGAAGUAAAUGCAUGCAAUUUCCAUCUAUAAACUUUGAGCGUGGACUCAUCACAAACUUUGUAAAGGAUGGCAAAAGAAGAAGAACAAGGAAGUAAAAUCAGAUUC